GGACCAGAAGGAAUUUAUCACCAUUCUUAUAAUAUUACUAACUUCAGUUACAGCAGUGUGCCAUCGACAAUGCAUGAUUGUUCCCUGUGAUAGUUUUAUUUGCUCUAUCGCCUUACUAUAGGCCUCGCCGGUGCCCUUAUCCGGCUGACAUUCUUUGGCCAUUAACAAGAAGAAGCCGCAGGAUAUCUUCAAGGGAAUCUCCCGUGGACUUACGGAUCUGUUGCUUAUUCCUCCCUCUUCUUUCAGGAAAACAGCGUGAGGUUUAACAUUUCUAAUUUUUGUCGUUCUUUUCACGAGAGAGUGACGAUAAGCCGCUGUUCCUUUGCAUCUUAUCGUCGGCCUCCUCGAUUCUCGUUCUGUUCCCCGUUGCUAUGUCUUCUUCUUUCAAAGAAGGCUGGAUAAAUAGCCCUUCAAGGAUUUCAUGCACUCUGGACGACUCAGGUUAUGACAGUUCAUCUCCCGGACGAAGGUCAAGCAUAUUCAGUGGUAAGCGCCAUAUCUCCUCAUUGAUGUAUCGCCUUGGCAUUUUCUCAAAUUUCUGCAGAUACCGAUACAACCUAUGAUCCUUUAUUGGGACGGUUUCGAGAUGAAAAUGGAAAGGAAUGGAAGCCGAGCCUUUCCAUACGAAUCAAAAAUGUAAUUAAUGGAGUUGCUACGGAUCACAAGCUAUCAAAAGUUACGCCGAAUAGCCUUAGGUUCGAUGGAGCAUCAGAUAGUCCCAAGACUCCGAUAACUUUGUCCUCCUCGACAUUACCUCGAUCCAAUAUCAAGACUAGGCCAGCUCUCUUAAAUACGCUUAGGGCUCGAACGUCAGUCGACCCGACCCAGACUAGAAAGUCUCUCAGCUCUUUGCAUUCUCCCGAUCGGUUUCUACCAGUUUUAAAAAAGUCCGACUCCGCAGCACAGAGCUUUCGUGCUAAUAAAGAUCCUGGCACUCUCUCACCAUAUGAAAGAUUAAUGAGACAUAGCGGUGCAAGCCUAGAUGCUUUCAAUCCACGUCGACGCGCAACAUCACCUAUCCCGCUAGCCUCUCGACCCGAUUCAAGACGAAUUGUUUCCGCAAAUCGUGGUAGAGGUAUAAAAUAUCUAACGACACCAACCAAUCCCUAUUCUAAUCCUUCUACAGGUGCUACUGCCCUUACCUUUCAGAGAAAUGCCCCGACAACUCCCAAUGGGGAGAGGCAGGUACGUUCAGAUUUGGAUUCAGAUUUCUAUUUAUUCCUCUCAGCCCAUAAGUCAAUAGUGAGGAGGGAUGCGACGUUCGAUAUUAUUACCAUUUUCCUCUUGUACUGAUUACCACAGGUCAGUGUAGGAACUGUAUGGGCUGUCGGAGGAGUGGCGCCCGCGAGCGCUGGUAUAUCGGACGGUCGUGGUGGUUUGUUAGGUAGCGGAACAAACGCGCCGUUGUAUACUACAUCCUUCUCCGCCUCGCGCCCAAAAGCACAGGAGGAUUUCGAAAAGCAUGAAGAUAGGUUGGCACAAGCAUUGGACAUUGAUCGCAUCCAACGUGUUUUUGAAUUUCGAGAUUCUUUGACGACACCGCCCGCAACUCCCCUCGAUUCCAGGUCCAAAAAGCAUAAUUUUGAAAUGAAGACGGCAUGGAAUGGAACAGAAUGGGUUCUGGGUGGACCAGAACAAAGUUAGUAACUUUGUUUCAUACUAUCUGUAUUUACAGACUUAACCUAAUUGAUAUACAGAGCAACAACUACCACAGGAACCUCGGACGCUUCCUGUUGCUCCCUUCAAAUAUGUUUCUCCGUUGUUGUUAUAUUGUUUUUACUGACAUUCGGCACAGUUCUUGAUGCACCAAAUUUACGAGACGACUUUUAUUGCUCGGUUCUUGCAUACUCCGCAACGAGUCAUACACUCGCUGUUGGUUUGGGUUCAUUGCUUUAUGCAUGGUCCGAAAUGGCUGGGGUUCACUUACUUCAUGGCGGAACUUCAAAUGCUUCUUGGCUGACAUCUCUGGCAUUCUCGUCUACGCAAGGAGCUAAAUCCGUACUUGCAUUUGGCAGGUCAGAUGGAUCUUUGAGUCUUUUAUCACUUUAUGAUAGUCUAUUGCCCAGAUUCGAGGUUCAGCAGCCAUGCCCAAUAGCUUGCGUCACUUGGAGACCUUCUAUUACAAUGCGACCUUCCCGGAAUCCACUCGCAUCGAGUAUUAUGGUGAAGACAGAAGAUUUGAUUGUUGGAGAUGAACAAGGCAAUGUAUAUUACUAUGCCGUUGAAUGGCCUGAUGCAUGGGAAGUAACACGUGAUGGCUGGUCUGGCUCUAUGACACUUAUUGCCCGAAUAUCCAUCCAUACUCAACAAAUAUGUGGUCUUUCUUUUUCCACCGAUGGUUCUUCAUUCGCAACUGGAGGGAACGAUAAUCUUUGUUGUCUAUUCCGUACGAACGAAGUCACUCGUCCUUCUCGUGAUCAGCUUGGCACCACAGAAGAAGUGUUCCUCGCCACAGCAGGAAUGCGUCGCAUCCACAGCGUAACCGGUCAGAAUCGCGUCAAAGAAAUCACCUCUGGCGCUGAAAAGCAUCGUUGGAUUCAUGGAGCUGCUGUCAAAGCAAUUGCGUUUUGUCCCUGGAGAGAUGGUCUCAUCGCGACUGGCGGAGGCAGUAACGAUAAAUGCAUUCAUUUCUUUCAUACUUCAUCUGGAGCCUGUCUCGCCACCAUCAGCGUAGCAGCUCAAGUGACCUCACUUAUCUGGUCCACUACUCGCCGCGAAAUUGCGGCCACAUUUGGCUACGCGCAACCAGAACAUCCUUAUCGAAUUGCGGUUUUUAGUUGGCCGGAUUGUAAACAAGUGGCUGCUAUUCCAUGGGAAGGUGAACAUAGAGCAUUAUUCGCAAUACCAUACCCAGGUGGACCAAAUGAAAGUCAUAGUAGUAGAGAAGGUGGAAGGGCUAUGAGUAGAACGGCUCAAGAGGGAUGUUUAGUGGUGGCCAGUAGUGAUGAAAGUGUCAAGUUUCAUGAGGUUUGGACAAGUAGUAUGAAAGCUACCAGUGGGGGGGAGGGUUUACUUGGUGGAAGUGAUAUUCUAGAAGGAUUAGAAGGGAUCGAUAAGGAGGGGGCUGUGAUCAGAUAAAUUUUUGUGAUGCUAGGUGUAGGAUUAGAGUAAAGGUAAGUGUCAAAGAAUGCUAGAAGGUUAGUUCUGAAGAAAGAAAAGAUAUGGUAUUUUGGGGAAGGCUCUCUCUAUCUGUACGGAAUAAAUUGAAACAAGAAUGGAGGAGAACAACUCCCUAGAGGAGAUGGCAGAUGGAAUCGGAGAGUGGAAGGGAUAAAGAGAUGAUACUGAUGUAUUUCUCUUCUUUUGGCUGGGGAUAAAGAGUACAAGUUUGUAUUGUUUAAUGAAAUUGAAAAU